AUGCAGAUCUUCGUGAAGACCCUAACGGGUAAAACCAUCACGCUGGAGGUGGAGGGCAGUGACAUCAUGGACAGCGUCAAGGGCAAGGAGUCGACGCAGCACCUGGUGCUCCGCCUCCGCAACGGCACCACCAUCAAGGUCAAGAUGCCCACCGCCAAGGAGAUCGACAUCGACAUCGAGCCCACCGACACGACCGACAGGAUCAAGGAGCGUGUUGAGGAGAAGGAGGGCAUCCCGCCCGUCCAGCAGAGGCUCACCUUUGAUGGCAAGCAGAUGGCCGGCGACAAGACGGCGCAAGAGUACAAGGGCAAGGGCGGCUACGUGCUCCACCUCAUGCUCUCCCUCAGGGGGCGGUGCCUGCUAGAAUUUGGGUCUUACAGUCGCUCGCUUUUUCAUGAGGGUGUAGCUUUGGUUUGA